AAACAAUUAUUACGAAGCAAAUACUAUUUUUGGUGUGUUCAAUAGUUUCACCUUUCGCGCAUCUCGCUUUUUGUUUACUUACUUCCCGCCAUUUUUUCGAAUGCGCACAAGUUAGAAUACUGCAAUACUAGACUUCUUUUAAAGGUUGGUUUCUGCAUCAAAUCAUCGUCAACGAUGUCUCUGUGGGUCGACAAGGCGCUCGAACUCGUCAAGGAGAUCAAAAGGUCGCCAAAUCACCUGCAACCGCUGAAAGAAGAAACAAUGCGAGAGAUUCUCAAGAACAUGCACUUCUUGUUUGCCGAAAAUCAGCGAGACGUAGAAUCCUCAGCGAAUACGGACGUUGAACUUCACACUACGGUUCACGUCAGGCACGUUGCUCUGACGCAAAUGAAGAGAUGCUUGCUUGCAUACCUAUUUCAUCGCCUCCAGUGCAUCAAGGAAAUGCGCUGGUCCUUUGGCAGUGUCCUGUCACCCGAUCUCAAAGCCUCGAUGUCUGAGCAAGAGCAACAAUGGUUCCAGAGGUACAGCAGCAAUCUCGCCGACUACAUGUCGUCCAUCGGCGGCGGCGUGGGCCUCGACCUGAUGAAGUACAGGAACCCCCCGAAAUCCUUGUACAUUCAGGUACGGUGCCUGGAGGACUAUGGGGACUUUGAAACAGAGGAUGGCACCUGCAUCGUCCUGACAAAAAACAGCACCCACUUUCUGGAACGAUCUCAGUGUGAAAAGCUUAUUCAUCAGGGCAUCUUGCAGCAUGUAACAACGUAAAUGAAACUUACAAUAAAAUGUUUGUACAGAAA